CAGGAAGUCACAUGGCUGAGAAGAGGGAUGAAUCUAUUCCUGACCAAGGACAGGAUUGCCAUAAAGUAAUCCACACAGUAGAGGAAACAUGUAAGUGCGUGGAGUGUAGAAUGAACUUCUCAGAUCACAGCCAAUAUGAAAUCCAUUUGCAAAUACACAGUGGAAAGAAGUCACAUCAAUGUCUGGAGUGUGACAUGACUUUCCUUAGCAGGGCAAAGCUCCUGAGGCAUCAAAGAACACAUCAAAGAGAGAAACCUUCUAGUUCCUCAAACUGUGGCAAGAGCUUGUCACAAAAAUCAGAUUUUUUUCAACACCAAAGGACUCGUUCAGGAAGGAAGGCAUUAAUCUGCUUAGAGAGGAAACAGACCUUUUCUGGUAGAAGAAAGGGUAAUGUACAUAUUCCAAAACACAGCAUAAUGGGAGCACAACAAUGCUUUCAGUGCGGGAAGUUCUUCAGCUGCAGGUCAAAGCUCCUUGUGCACCAAAGAACCCACACAGGAGACAAACCUUUUGAAUGCAUAGACUGUGGAAUGAGAUUCAGUCAGAGAGGCAAUCUCCAACAGCAUCAAAUAACUCACACAAGUGAGAGACCGUUUGAAUGCCCAGAGUGUGGAAAGAGAUUCAGUAACAGUACCAUUCUCCAACGACAUCAUAUAACUCACACAAAUGAGAGACCUUUUGAAUGUUCAGUGUGUGGAAAGAGAUUCAGUCGGAGUGGCAAUCUUCAACUGCAUCAAAAAACUCACACAAACGAGAGACCUUUUGAAUGCCCAGAGUGUGGAAAGAGAUUCAGUCAAAGUAGCCAUCUUCAAAGUCAUCGAAUGACUCACACAAAUGAGAGACCUUUUGAAUGUUCCGAUUGUGGAAAAGAGAUUCAGUCAGAGUAGGUAUCUUCAAAACUACAUCAAAGAACUCACAC